GGUAGAAGACCUUUUCGACUUUUAAUUCAACCAUGGAAGGGAGUGCAUGUGUAUAAAUACGUUGCAUGUGUAUUAUAGACUAUAUUCAGUGCAAUGAAUACAGAAGUGCGAUGUCCAUUUCCCUACGACCCUACAACUGAAAAAAUCGCGGUUUGUCCGUAUGACAAGUCGCAUAUUAUGUUGGCGCAUCGCUUAGGGCGUCACAUAUUCAAAUCACACAAAGAGUACCGGGGGUUAGAAUUCCCGGUACGACAUGAAACGACAAGGGAACAUCACCAGCAGCAGGAGCAACCCGGUGGAUCAAAAGAAGAGCAGCAGGAGUACCCGGGUGGGUGGUCGACGGAGUGGGACGGCGAGGAGUGCACUUCGUAUUUAGAUUUCCUCCGGGAACGGGAAGAAGAACAACGCAAGGAACAGGAACAAUGGGAUGGUCGACUGAAUCGACAUAAAAAGAAGAAGAAACUCCUCGCCAGACCAAUUUUAUAA